AUGCGCGAGUUGGGGGGUUAUGUUUUCGAUGGGUCAAGCCCGGACAUUUGGGAUGACAUCGACAGCUGCUGCAGGAAGGGAUUGGCUGAGAUCCGGGAAAAGUCCCCCGGAAUGCUCAGUGACGAGCAUGACACGCAUCAUCUGCCAAUGGAGAAGGACAUGCUGAUGUCGUGGAUACCGUGGCAGCAGAUAGCAGGCAUUGAGGCUGCCGACAUCACGUGCGUCUUGGCGCUGCAGGCCGAAUUCGGCUGGUGUGGGGACGGCAUGGGUUUUGUAAGUGCCGUCGUGGCUCUCCAGAAUGGAGGCCUGCUAGCAAUCACCACACGUAUCUGGGAAGCGAACUCGGGGGAAUAG